AUGCAGUCUGCUUCCCGCCGGCUGAAGUUCACGGAGCUCACCGCGCAAAAUCUCAAGAUCCUGUGCGACGCGCUCGAGCUGCGCGUUCCGCGGCACGCGGACAUCAUUCCUGGCAUAUCGAGCACAGUGCUUCGGUGCCGGUCCGGCGUGACAAGGCGGAGGGCGGGCAUAUGGCCGACGACCUGGCUGCUCUUCCGAGGAAGGGACAGUAGGGGCAAGACGGCGGUUGCUCGGGAGCUCGCGAGGCUCGUGUUUGGAUCCUACGCCGAGUUCACCACCCUGCAGGUUCAGGGUAACCCCGACAUCCCUGCACAAACCGGCAAACUUGCCCUAAAGAGGCUGAGAUCACCGGACAUCGACAGCGACGGCAAUGGUGGUGACGUCGGGGCGAGGCUGUUUGCAGCCAUCGCAGAGAACCCUCACCGCGUCAUAUUGAUCGAUGGCGUCAACCGACUUGGUGGCGAUUCGGAAAUGCGCAUCAAGAAUGCGAUCGCGGGAGGAACAAUGGCGAGGGGAUACAAAAACGACUUGGUUGGUUUGGAGGAUGCCAUCGUGGUGCUGAGCUCUGACGUGUUUGACUCGAGGUCUGGGGCUUCCGCUUCCUCCCCACGGGUGAAGCGACGACAUAACAGCGAGGACAAACUUGACGUCGCGGACAUGGAAGUGAGACCACGUCGUGAUCUUUGUUGGGAUCUGAACGUUUGUGCAGUGGACGAGGAAGAGGAGGAAGACAGUAUGGCUCAUAAUGAGGGGGUCAUAAGUGUCGUCGAUGGUGUUUUCCUUUUCAUUUAG